AUGGCGCCUACAGCCUUGAAACGUGAACAUCCAGAGCCAGUCGCCUGGGUCGGCAUACGUCCGAUCAAAAUGCAAAGGACCACCGUCAUCCACAACGGUGUCGUCCCCGCUCCAGAGCAUCCAGUGUACCAGAUGAACACACUUUUCUCGACUCAAUAUCAGCCGAUGUACGGCGCCAGCGUCUACUUUCCGGGCCAGUCGCCGCCGAUCGAUCGAGGCCUCCUCUGGGAGACCAUCAGUACCAUGGAUGCAGAUGUCUUACGUCAACGCAUAUUCCAUGCGACACUAGGCAACAUGACCUUUCCACAAUUGACAAGCCGUGUACUCGACGCCCACUCCACUCGCCUGCGUCUCAAGGCAGAAGCAAUCGACAAUGCACAGAAAGCCCAAGAAGCCAAAGAGCGCCGCGAUCGCAAAAAGGUCUUCGACUUCGACUCCCACUACGGGCAAAUCGACGAUUGGCUCUCAAAUGAUCCCAUUGGGCGCAAAGCAUGCCGGACGUCUUACAGCAUUUACGAGAAGGUCGUGGCAAGAAUCGAGAAGAUCACUGCGAAAGCGACUGAGCCCACCACGAAUUUCCAAAACCAAACGCAAUGCUAUCGAUACAUUGACCAGGAUUGUGGAGUCCAUGAUUGA